AUGAGGAAAGCUCCACAGUCUUGUACUUCAAAGGACUUCUCUAAUGAUUUCGAUCAGUUGUAUGUUGCUCCGGGGCUAACCCCUGAUUUUGUCCAGGUUCGAAAUGUUAGGAAUGGAAAUAUGCUUUAUGACCUUUCUCUGCUUUCCUAUACAGUGCUCACUUUUGCAACAAGUUCUGAUGUUUUAUCAGCUCAAAGGGAUGCAAUGGUUGAACAAGAACUAUGUCCAGCACAACUGAAUAGCCCCAUUGCAGCUGAUGAUUCUUUGUUCACCAAUACUUCUCACCCAGUUUUGUCAAACUUAAACGCUUCACCUACAGCCAAUAGUGGCGACGCACAGGAAUGUGGCAACUGGAGAAAGCUUGGUUCAGAGCAAAGUUAUGAUUUGAGUGUUGAUUACGCUGGUGUAUCAGUAAUUGGGGAGAGGAAUCAGAAACUGAUGUCUGCUGGGGAAGUCAUCUGCUGGGGAAGUCAUAUAAAAUAA